ACUGAAUACUGUCUGCACAAUCUCAAUUCAUUAGAAACAGUUGAAAUCGGCGAUGAACGUUUUGAAUCAGUGAAAACAUUCCAAAUCGAUGGAUUGAAUCGAUUGAAAACUAUCAAAAUCGGUAGCAAUUCAUUUAAUCAAUUGACCACUGAUUUCUUGAGUAAUCCUCAUUCUGCAUCAGAAUGGAUGGAGAAUAGUGAUAAAUCGAAAUCAUUUCACAUAUUGAAUUGUGAAUCAUUGGAAUCCAUUCAAAUUGGUCGAUAUAGUUUUGGUGAUUUUGGAGGCGAAUUUGAAUUGAAGAAUCUGCCACAAUUACAAUCCAUUCAAAUUGGCACAAUUGGAAGUAGUUCAAGCAAUUUCUAUGGUAGUUCAUUUGUGAUUCGAGAUCUUCCAAAUCUACAAUCCAUUACAUUAGGUAAAUGGGCAUUCGCUGUUUCUGUAACAACAAUAAUUGAAAAUCUUCCAUCAUUACAGAAAAUUGAACUGAGUUAUUGUGCACUUCGUGGAAGAGAUGAUGAUGAUUCAUGUUCAUUGACACUUCGAAAUCUUCCAAAUCUAACAUCAAUAACUUCCAAAGAUUGGAGUUUCCAAUAUCCUCGUGUAGUGACAUUGGCAAGUAUUUCUGAAUAUUGA